UGACCGGGCGGGGGCGGAGCGAGGGGCGCAUGGCCAGCGGGAGGCCAGGAGCCGGGUCAGAAACGAGGGAGUGAGGGGCCGGGUGGCUCGGGGACCCGGAGGUGCCUGCCGCCCGGACGCCCUGCCUCGCGGCUUAGGUUUCGUUUUCCUGCGACAUGGUUUCGGUUUCCCGGCGCUCCGCGCCGCCCUCCACGCGACCAUUCCUGUCGUGUCUCUGCAGGGUCCAGCCUGAGACCACCCGGCCAGGCCUGGACGCUGGCUUAACACCUGUGACCGCAUGUGUGCGCGCCUGCCACAUCUGUUGUCACACUCAUCGCCACCUUUGCCCUGAAACCCACACCUGGGCAACGUCGUGGCCAUAAGCCCUCAAUCCACACGUGUGACCCCACCACCUGUGACCCCCUCACCUGUAACAACUGGGCCACAGUACCUGUGGUGACACUUGACUGCCACCCGCGACCACACCUCCUCGCAGCGGAGGGCGCGCCCCAUCUCUCCAAGUCCAGUCCUUGCAGAGCGAGCGAUGGCCGUGGCUCCCGACAGGGUAGCCCCGCGCGUGCUGUUCGGAGACUGGCUUUUGGGCGAGGUCAGCAGCGGCCGCUACGAGGGGCUGGAGUGGCUGGACGCGGCCCGCACACACUUCCGCGUCCCCUGGAAGCACUUCGGGCGGAGGGACCUGGGCGAGGCGGACUCACGCAUCUUCAAGGCCUGGGCCGUAGCCCGCGGCAGGUGGCCGCCCAGCAGCAGCGGAAGUGACCCUCAGACCCCCGAGAGCGCCCUCCGCGCAGGCUGGAAAACCAACUUCCGCUGCGCAUUGCGCAGCACGCGGCGCUUCGUGAUGCUGCAAGACAACUCUGGGGACCUCACGGACCCGCAUAAGGUGUAUGCGCUCAGCCCCAAGGUGGGGUGGGCAGUCUCAGGUCCCAACUCUCCCUCAGAAGAUGCAGGCAUUAACCAGGGGAAGGAUGAGGCCCUUGAUGUCCCCCCCAGGACGGGCGGGUUCCUCAGGCCAGCCCUGGCAGGAGAUGCUGGUGAGAGGCGGGGGCACCAGCUGGCUGGGCCGAACCCUGAGCCCUGCGCCCCAAGCCCUCUUUCCGGCCCAGCUGACGAUGUGGAGGACCUCUUGCUCCAGGCUCUGCAGCAGAGCAGCCUGGAGGACCACCUGCUGGAAGCUACAUGGGGGGUGGAUCCAAUCUCCCCAGAGGCUCCUGGCCCAGAGCUCCCUGCGGGGCAGCUGUACCUGCCAAAGCCCCAGGCCCAGACGACAGGCCUAGCCCCAGCACCCUGGCAGCCCCCUCAAGAGGCAGAGCCCUGCACUGCGCUGCCCCCCAGUGCCUGUCCCCCGGUGGCAGGUGAGCAGGUCCCAGCCAGGCCUGGCUACUCACAGCUCAGUCUGCACACAGAACCCAGCCUGGGCACCCUGGACGUGACCAUCAUGUACAAGGGCCGAACGGUGCUGCAGGAGGUGGUGGGACGCCCAAGAUGUGUGUUCCUAUACGGGCCUCCCAGCCUACCUGUUGAGGCCACAGAACUCCAGUGCGUGGCCUUCCCCAGCCCUGCUGAGCUCCCCGACCAGAAACAGCUUCACUACACAGAGAAGCUGCUGCAGCACGUGGCCCCUGGCCUGCAGCUGGAGCUCCGGGGGCCUGGGCUGUGGGCCCGGCGCCUGGGCAAGUGCAAGGUCUUCUGGGAGGUGGGAGGCCCCCUGGGCUCUGCCAGCCCCUCUAGCCCGGCCCGCCUGCUGCCCAGGAACUGCGACACUCCCAUCUUCGACUUCAGCACCUUCUUCCGAGAGCUUGUGGAGUUCCGGGCUCGCCAGCGCCAGGGCUCCCCACACUACACCAUCUACCUGGCCUUUGGGCAAGACCUGUCAGCCAGGAGGCCCAAGGAGAAGAGCCUGGUCCUGGUGAAGCUGGAGCCGUGGCUGUGCCGGGCGUACCUGGAGGGUGUGCAGCGUGAAGGCGUGUCCUCCCUGGACAGCGGCAGCCUAGGCCUCUGCCUGUCCAGCUCCAACAGCCUCUACAACGACCUCGAGCAUUUCCUUGACCACUUCUUCAUGGAGGUGGAGCAGCCCGCCUAGGCCCGGGGCCCGGACCCCACCCUGAUCCAAUAAAGAAAACCCGAAAACCUG